UCCUGACCCCAUUCUCUCACGCCUGCCCAUCUGAAGAUCCCAGCCGCCGUCUUCCCCUGUUCCCCCUCACUCCGCCUCGCCACCCCGCUAAAACCCUAACCCUCGCCGCCAUGGCUGCGGCGGCGGCCGCCGCCACCUCGCUCCUACUCCGCCGCCAUCGCUACCCUCAAGCUCCCCACCUCCUCCUCCUCCGCGCCGCAAUCUCCUCCUCCCGCGCGCUGCCCCAGCAGCCUGAGCUGUCCCCGGCCCCGACCGCCGCCCCCGAUCCCGACCCCGCCGCCCCGCUCCCCCCGAACCCCAGCACCGGGAGCCCCUUCUAUGGCGAGAACUGGCGCAACCCCGCCGCCGCCAACCCGCCCUCCUCCCUCCUCCCGGCCGUCGUCGGCCCGUUGGGGGGCCACCACCGCAUGGCGUCCUACUCCGCGACGCUCGACGCCGCGGGGCUCAAGGAGACCUUUGCCGAGUGGAUGGCGGAGCAGCGGUGGGAGGACAUGAAGCAGCUCUUCGAGUUCUGGGUGCGCUCGCUCGAUGCCGCCACUGGGAAGCCCAACCACCCUGACGUCGACCUCUUCAACCACUAUCUCCGCGCCAACCUCAUGGCGGGGGCCCUGCCGCAUGAGCUGCUCGAUCUCGCCGACCACAUGCGCGAGUUCGAGAUCGAGCCCAACACGGCCUCGCACAAUCUCGUGCUCAAGGGCAUGGUCGCCGCCCAGGAGGCCGAGGGCGCUGAGAAGCUCAUUGAACGGAUGCUGCAAACAGGAACUUUACCAGAUGAUGAAUCCUACAAUUUGGUUGUAGGCCUGCUGAUUAGACAGAACCGUGUUGACUCAGCUCUGAAGUAUUUGGAUUUGAUGCUUAAAUCAGGAUACACAAUAUCGUUAACUGUUUUCACUGAUUAUGUCCGAGCAUGUGUGAGAUCUGGGAGAUUGGACACAUUGGCAUCUGUUAUAGAGAAAUGCAAGACAACAGAUAAGAACAAAGUCUUGUGUCCACAAUGGGCCUGGUGCAUUGACAUAGCAGAAGCUGCGUUUGAAGCUAACAAUAGCAAACUAGCUCUUUUUGCUUUGGAAUUUCUUGCAAGAUGGAUUGCUCGUGGUGAGAAUGUUAAACCUCCUGUUCAGCUUUCAGUUAAUGAAGGUCUAGUAAUAUCAGCUCUAAGUGCUGCUGGUAGAACUUAUAGUACCGACCUCUUGAAUGCUGCUUGGUCGCUGUUACGGAAGUCCUUGCGCCAGAAAAGGGCACCCACCCCAGAGACAUAUCUUGCCAAGAUUUAUGCUCAUUCCUCAAUUGGUCAGCUUCAGCGGGCAUUUGGGACACUGCGCGAAUUUGAAAAUGCCUAUGGGAACUCUGAGGACACUGAUUUAGAGCUCUUCUCGCCGUUUACUUCCUUGCAUCCACUUGUUGUUGCUUGCUGCAAAGAUGGCUUCAGCACACUGGAUUCGGUGUAUGUUCAAUUGGAGAAUCUGAGUCAUGCAGAUCCACCAUACAAAUCUGUUGCUGCUCUGAACUGUGUCAUAUUAGGCUGUGCAAACAUUUGGGAUCUUGAGCGAGCAUAUGAAACUUUUGAUGCUAUUAAGGAGAAGUUCGAACUUACACCCAACAUACAUUCAUACAAUGCCCUUCUGUAUGCAUUUGGAAAGAAGAAAAGGACAGAAGAAGCAUGUAACGUGCUCCAGCAUUUAUUGGGUAUUGGUGUUAAGCCAAAUGCAACAACUUACUCCCUACUCGUCAAUGCCCACAUCGUAAAUAGAGAUCCAAAAGCUGCUCUUGCCGUGAUUGAUAAGAUGGUUGAUGCUGGCUUCUCUCCCUCAAAGGAUACCCUCAAGAAGGUUCGAAGACGCUGCUCCCGUGAAUCAGACUUUGAGAGUGACGAGAAAGUGCAGUCCCUGGCUAAACAGUUCAACUACCGAAUGGGUGGUGAAAAUCGUAGGGAGUUGCUGUAUAACAUAGAAUACAAUGCUGGGUACUAAGGCAGGCAGCUUGUACUCGGUUUGCUGACAUUUGGAGAGCACGGACAUUGUAGCUUGUAAAUUACUUCUUUGUACCAGACUUUUAAGCAAUUUUCAGUAUCCCAACCUAUCAUUUUUGCUGGCAAACUACACAGGAUUGAUGUUAGGACUUAAUAAUUUUGAAUUGCAAAAUACAAUUUUGAAUGGCAGUCA